AACACACAUACAUUGGAUUGAAUAAACAUAUGUAUGUAUGUAUAGGUGGUUUUGGGAGGAAUUGGUGGUGAAUGGCCGGCUCAAUGGUUGCGAGGAAUUCAAAUCUGAAGCGGCUUGAAGUUGGAGAUGGAGUUGAAGGAAGCAAUUCUAGAAAGGAGAAGGAAAAGGAAAAGAAAAUGGCCAACUCCAAGCAGCACCCAUUGCUCCAAAUGAUAUUCGCUGCGGUGAUUGCCGGAAUCAUCUUCUCUUUCUUCUAUGUCUUCUCUGUCGUUUACUUCUCCUCACCUCACUCCACCACCACCUCCACCUCUAUCCUCACCUCCACCUGGUGGCUCCCUCGAUUUCCUUUUCAUUCUGAACGGGGUGGAAAGAAAUUGGUGAAACCCAUUUGGGAAGUUCCUCCUCCAGGAUCAGAGAGACCACCUCUGGAGACAUUCCGGUUGAGAAAAGAACUAGUUGAGGAAAGGGUGAAAGAUAACAUAAUUAUAGUCACAUUUGGUAACUAUGCCUUCUUGGAUUUUAUACUAUCAUGGGUUAAGCACUUGACCGAUUUGGGUCUACAAAACCUUCUUGUUGGUGCAAUGGACAUGAAAGUGUUGGAUGCUUUGUACUGGAAAGGCAUUCCAGUUUAUGACAUGGGUAGUAAUAUGACCACAUUAGAUCCUGGAUGGGGCUCACCAGCAUUUCAUAAAAUGGGGAGAGAAAAGGUUAUUCUAAUAGAUGCCAUCCUACCAUUUGGCUAUGAACUACUGAUGUGUGAUACAGAUAUGAUCUGGUUAAAGAACCCCCUUCCAUAUCUUUCACGUUUUCCUGAAGCAGAUGUGUUAACUUCAACGGAUGUACUUACAGCAACAUUUUCUGAUGACAGUUUGGACAACUGGAAAGAAGUUGGUAAUGCGUAUAAUAUAGGAAUUUUCCACUGGCGGCCAACAGAUUCUGCGAAGAAAUUGGCAAAAGAAUGGAAAGAUUUGGUUCUUGCUGAUGCCAAGUUAUGGGACCAACAAGGUUUUAAUGACAUUAUACGAAGGAAGUUGGGACCAUCUGUUGAUGAGGACAGUGGACUUGUAUAUGCUCAUGAUGGAAACCUCAAGUUGGGGCUUCUGCCAGCAAGUAUAUUUUGCAGUGGGCAUACUUAUUUUGUCCAGGCAAUGUAUCAACAACUCAGAUUGGAGCCGUAUGCCACGCACACCACAUAUCAAUUACAAGGAACUGCAGGAAAGCGUCACCGACUACGUGAAGCCAUGCUUUUUUAUGACCCACCAGAAUAUUAUAAUUCACCGGGGGGUUUGUUGACCUUUAAGCUAUCUAUUCCGAAGAUUUUAUUACUAGACGGGCAGCACAAUAUUGAAUCGCAUUUCGCUCUUGUUAACUACCAAACAAAGCAAAUAAGGACAGCUCUUGCUAUUGCUUCUUUGUUGAAUCGUACCCUGGUUAUGCCUCCACUAUGGUGCAGGUUCGAUAGUAUAUGGUUUCCACAUCCUGGAAUUGUAGCGGGGACUAUGACGAAACAACCUUUUCUCUGCCCUUUGGAUCAUGUAUUUGCGUUGAACACCAUGAUGGAGGAACUGCCAGAGGAGGAAUUUGGACCUGGGAUAAAUUGGAGGGAGUAUUCUUUCUUAGAUAAUCCAUCAUUACCCAAACAGGUUAAGGAGUCAUGGCUUGAUGUACAACUUUGUCAAGAAGAAUUGCCAAAUUGUCAGGUAUCAAACAGUACGAGUCAAUUGAGAGUGCUCAAAUUUCCCAAGCGCAGCAAUGAAGAAAGGUUCAAAACAGUAUUCUCCGCAUUCAAGGAUGUCAAAGUCAUUCAAUUCUCAUCAAUGCAAGAUGCCUUCCUAGGUUUCACCGACAAGAAAAGGGAGGAAAGAUUCAGGAAACGUGUGAAGCGGUACCUGGUUGCAUGGUGUUGUAUGGAAAAUCACAAUCCGGGCCACAUAUAUUAUGACAUGUAUUGGGAUGAAAAGCCCGGUUGGAAACCAAUUCCACCCCAAACUCCCAAAGAUGAUCAUCCACCUUGGUGAGGCAUACAGGAAUUUGAAAUAUAAUUUUGGAGUAGGAGAGGAUUUGUGGUUUUAGUAUACUAGUAAUAAAAGGAAUUUCGAUAUGUUUUUAUGCAUAUUUGAAAAGCAAAUUUAGAAGAGGAAGCAAAUCAUCUCGAGGUAGGCAAAAUCAUGUGAAGGAUUUUGCAGUGUUUAAAUUUCUAGUUUGUAUACCUUUGUUAACUGGAAACUCAGAAAUGUAAUCUUCAAUUUGGUUUU